AUGGUCGAGAGUGGUGUCCGCCAGGGUUCAGUACUGGGACCCAUUUCGUUCCUUAUCUACGUGGACGAUGCCGCAAGAGAUUUAGACUGCGAAGUAGCAAUGUUUACGGAUGGCAUGAAGAAAUGGAGUGCAAUUCGGAGUCCUGCCGACGAAGAAAGACUGCAGAUGAACCUGAAUCGGUUGGAGGAGUGGUCAAACCAUUGGCUCCUGCGGUUCAACGUUGCCAAAUGUAGCAUAAUUCGCCUAGGCAACACAGCCAGAUCCGCCAACACAAGAGGCUACUUUCUGGGCGGUGCAGCCCUACAAGAGUUCGAAGCCCAAAGGGACCUCGGUGUGCUGACGACGAGUUCCCUAAAACCAUCCGCCCACUGUUCGAGGGUGGCGAAAAGCGCAAUGUCCGCACUGUACGCCAUCAAGCGUGCGUUUAUGGACUUUGACGAAGAAGCUUUCUUUAAGACAUUCGGAACAUUCGUCCGGCCGCAUUAAGAGUACGGCGUACAAGCUUGGAGGCCGUGGGCUGUUGAGGAUCAAAACUGCCUUGAAAGUGUCCAGAGGAGAGCCACGAAGAUGGUUAGGGGUCAAAGCUCCUUUCCUUAUGCAACCGCCUAGUAAAUCUGAAUCUCGUUCCUUUGAGUUACAGGCAACUUCGCGGGGAUCUCUUGCAAGCCUUCCGCAUUGUUAAGGGGUUGGAUUGCAGUCUGGCCUUCGAGGACUUUUUUGAAUUUGCUACCACGACCAACCUCCGAGGUCACCCGUUAAAACUGCGCACUCAGCAGGCACGGCUGGAUGGGCGGAAGUGCUCCUUCUCGGUUCGGGUGGUCAAACCAUGGAAUGAGCUUCCCGCAGAUGUUGCGAUGUCACCAUAUAUACAAAGAUUUAAGAAGAAUCUGGACAUAUAUAUGUUCCGAAAUGACCAAGAGCGAUGAGAAGUCGAGCUCACGCCCUGUAACUCCUUCUCAUUUUGUCCCCACCAUUAUGGGCGUGUUUGAACCAUUUCAGCCCAGAACAUCUAUCUGUACACCACACAUUUUUACGUUGCAAAUAGGGUACUUAAAGGCUUACGCCUAUUUCUCUCAAUAAACUGAACUGAACUGAACUGAAAAAUGAAGUCAAAGUGCAGUUGAAAUUCAUGAGUUUGUUUUAGGUUUUUUCCUGAGUUCCAAGGAGACUGACAGUGACCAGGGGGCGCUACAAUAAACCCAUUCUAUUGUAUUCUAUUUAAAGGUGUGGGAGAAGCUUUUUAACCAAGCGAAUAAUAUGAAGUAAAUGGCAAACGACUCAUCCGCUUUUGGAUCUGGAAAGCCCCUCGGUGCUGUUGGCAGAGAAUUGAUACGAAGGAGUAUGGUCGUCCGAAAGAAAGUUCUGUCGGAGUUCCGUGCCGAUCGUUCGAGGAAUUGCUGAUUACGCUUCAAUUUCUGAAUCCAAAUAGGCCCGCAGAGCGUCCACUAAGCAGAACUCCCGGAAAAGAGAGUUUGUGAUAUUGUCCGUACCUACUGAGUGAUAGUUAGGAAGAUGGUUUAUCAGUUUGAAUAGUAACAGGAGAAAAAUUAAUGAUGCUGAGAGAGGCAUCAGACAACGGAUGAAUUAAAGGGAUUUAGUCAGUUUCAAGGGUGAAAUGUAUGACAAAGAAUGAAUUUGACAUUUCUGCUUUGCCUGACUCCUCUGUAAUGAUAGUAUCGUUGAUACUUAGCAAAGACGGAAUGACUUGGUGGGACUUAGCAGAUGAUCUUUGACGGAAGAUCUGAGCAACUUAUUUAGAAGCAUUCACGUCAUUAAUAGCCAAAGAUUCUCUACGCCUAUCUCGCGCUAGCUUUAUUUUUGAAACUAAUUCAAAUAUUUCAGCGAUUCCUAGAUGAACUGAUAAUGAGCCCACAGAAGGAUCUUUAAGCGGCUUUCGUAGCUUUUUCAAGCCUGUUUUUAAGAACGUGUGGGACAGCGGUGGAAGUGGCCCUCGAUUUGAACGUCUUCCUUGGAAUCAGGUCGAGAAGACCUUCUGUUACGCACUGUAAUAAACUGUUGAAAAAAGUUACAUCAUUUUUUGAAAAAAAUAUUGUGCCAAUCAAGGGUAUCUGUAAAAUUACUUAAUAAGUCCUUGUUGAUAUUAGCAAAGUCAACAUGAUACAUUGUACUGUUGGCCUUGCGAAAAAGACAAUUGGAAGUCAACAAUGAAUUAGUGCAUGAUCACCUGCAAAAAGGCCAUAAUGGAAAUGCAUAGAUAGAGGGAAGAUGCGAUUAAAAAAAUUAAAACUAAUGCACUAACGUUUCUGGUCGAAGAGUGGACAAAUUGAAACAAGUUUAAGAAGUGAAUGGUGUCCGAAGCUUUUGGAAUUUAGGAGAUGUGUGUGUGUGCCAGUCGAUUUCUGGAAAAUUAAAAUCUCCUACGAUAAUCUUGACAUCGAAAGGAGUCCCUGCAAUUUUUCAGAGUUCACAGAGUUGGCUUUCAUUUCCGGAGUAACAAGGAUUAUUAUAUUCACAUCCGACUAAGGCUUUCCUAUGUUGCAGAAGUAUUACCUAAGCGAAGCAUAAAUUUCCGGAGAAGGAGUAGAUGUCCAGGUCACAAGGCGACCGUGCAGGCGAGACUCGGAUGCAAAGAUGUAAUACUCGAUCCACUCAAGGGUAUGGUCUUGUCUUCUUCUCCUUCUAGGCGGCAGUCCGUGCUGGCUUCCUUGGUGUUCUUAUCCGAACGAGUGCCUCCUCGGCGGGAACCCUGGGAAUCAGAGUGAAUUAAGUCCAUCGUCUGCAAGGGCAAGCGUGCACGGAUAGAAUGGAUCGUCGGUGGAUAAAGUUUAUUAAAGGGAAUAUAUCAACAGAGGAAAUUUAAUCCCGUUCCGUCUUCUCUUCGUCCUCCACUUUACGGGCGGUCUCUCGACGGGCCCCCUCACACUCUUCGACGGCGGUCACUAAAACAAAACCGUUCAGAACUUCAAUCAGUCAAAUUGUACAGGAAGAUCAUAGCAAGGGCACAUUAAAACAACAGAGUCAGUACGUCCUCUACAAGGAAGGCAACCACCGCCGCGUCCUUCGACACGAUCCUGGCGAAACUUGCAUUUUGCAGGCUGGUUUGUUAGUGGGCUUCACAACUGGGGUGUUUACGUAAAGUUGAGAAUUCGGGAUAGUAAUAGGUUAGGAUCUACCAGAACUAUCAUCUGUCUUAUUUUCCCUAACCGCUAAGUCAAACGUGAGUGGCCGUGCUCGGGAACGGGAUAAAUACGAUUCAGGUUUAUUAACUUAUUCAUUAUCCUGAGUGCUGGAGGUCGGUUGUGCUUCUAGGAUUGACUCAUAUUUACUGUUAAGAUCAAGUGUCCUAGUAAAUUUGAGAGGCGCAUUUUCGUUCGACGCUGGAGAUGUAAGACCUAAAUUUUCGUAUGACGUACUGGCUUCUACAUGGGAAUUUCCACAUUUAUUGCUUUGCUGAAAUGAACUAUACGAAGAGUUGUCAUGUCCUCUUCCGUAAACGGAGUCUUUAAGGCACGUUCCAGAUGAGUUUGCCUCGUGAUGAAGUGGAGUGACAGCGUACCCUUCGCCCACCCCCCCUUUCAAAAAAAUAACGGCGAACCCCUACUGUGUUUUCUAAUAGAUCUUUUGAAGUUAACCAUGUCUUUUCCAUCUAUAGCGUUCGAUUAUUUGGUAGGUUAAGUUACCAUUGCAAGUAAUGAAACUGGACUAAGUUCUUUUGCGCUAGGGUCGAAUGCCUCGUUAUCCUGCGGAAAAGGUUUGUCUGGAUUUUCCUCCGGAGAUAUAACUUGCUUCCUCUUCCAGAUUGACUUCGUGUUUUUCACGACUGUGCCAUCAUUAGAAGGAUAUUCGUCGCUUGUCGGUCGUAGUAUUUCUUGGCAUUCUUCAAUGAUCAGUUUAGUUUCCGGUCUAAGGAUGUUGGUUUGAGGAACCUUUUGAGCCCUUGUUUAACUUUCAGCUGUCUCACACGACUCAGUCGCCUAACAGCCCAUUUGAAGGUUCUCGCCUAUCAUUCCAUUUCACGACCUUGCUCAGUAUUAUUGUUCGACUCCAGGGUAAGGCAAUAUAUAACAGAACCGGCAGUCUCAAAUUCGACAGUCCGAAUAAACGCAACAUCGUAAUAUUUUUGUGAAUGUCCUGGAAUAUUUUAUCUGCCGUUAGUCAACUGAAGCAGGAGACACUUACGCCAGCAGACUCAGCUAAAAAUGUUAUCGGCACAUCCGCUAAUCACCGAGUAUGGAGAACAACGCAGAUCUAAGUCCCUGUAAGGUCAUGUGUCACGCCUCUGCCUUGGUGUCGUGAAAUGGGGCGAAUGAACAACAGAUCCAAUCAAGUAUACUGAACGUAAACGCAAUGUACAGCAGAAUCCAUUGUAGUAGGCGGACCGUCCUGUUGCUCAGUUCGGGAAUCCACCUUGAGUCAACUCCCAUCGUCUUAAUGAAAUCGGGUAGAGCAAGGGUUGGUUUCCUCUUUUCUGAACGGUUGGUUUUUGAUCUCGGCAUCACACGGGCAAGCACUAACUCAAACAGGCAGGUAUAUCCUAUGUAACAAAAGAGAGUCUAGAAUGUAAACGAUAUGGUAAUGAAUAAGUAGAGAUGGAGGGAGGGAAACAGGAAGCGUUAGCGAACGCUCAUAGGUUCGGAGAACCAGGAGGAAAUAGUAAACAUUCGGAGAUUAGCGUUGCAGUAUAGGGGGCCGAUAUUCACUGCUUCCCGCUUCGUGUCUCUACACAAUUAAUCAUCUCGGCUGCAAAACAUUAAAGAAGAAAGAGCACGCUCAAUUGUCGUCACUACGUCUUCAGUAUCUUUUCCCCAAUUGCCACUUUUUCUGUCCCUUUUAAACAAACCUGCUUUUCCAGGUCUUACACCAUGACUGAAGGGAAGCGGGAUAAGUGGCGCUGGAUUUGAAGUGUUUAGUUUGACGCUCCAGGGAGUAAGAUCUCCGUCCGUGUAAGGCGAUUUAAGAAACAGUGCGUUUUCACACCUAUUUCGCUUUUUACCUGUAGUAUCCAAUAUCGCCCAUUAUCGAAAUAGUUCAUUAGUAGCAUGCCAGCACCGUUUCGUAUGUAAAGAUGCCAACAGGCGUGUACAUUUUUCGGGACACCGCGACGCGUCGCGGUCUGAGUGUUAACGUAUUCACAUUCGUGAUGAAAGAAGCCUUAUUUCGUUUAGGAACGGCUACUAUUAUAAUUUAGUACCAAAAUUUUAAUUAUAACCCCAACUAUCGUUUUCCACACCGCGUGUAUACACGCGCCCUCCGUUUGCUUAGUUUACCAGGGUUCCCGCAUAUAAGCUAUGAUUUUCAUUCUGUAGACCCAUGCCAACGAUAGUUGCCAGCAGACGUCUGUGAGCGACUAAACCACUUCGGAGAACAUCUUUCAGUGUUAUGACUAUAUUCUAUUUAGAGGCUCUAAAACGGCCAUUUUUUUUACACGGCUCCCAUACUGUCUAUGUCCCGUAGCUCGGCAAUGGAGGAUAUAAAACCACCACCGUUGAUCGAUUGCCAGGCGGUCCCGGCUUCACAGUCUACGACAAUGUUGCCAUCUCUUCCGCCUUAUUGUGAGACAGAAUUCGGUUCUCGGGAGUCGCCCUUUUCGUUUACGACAUCAGUUGUGAACUUACAAGCAGAAGCCUUAGGACAACAUUAUUGUGAUUUCAACAAAGGUGAAUUCAUAUGUUAGCCUGUUUGUGUUAUUCGGUGUUAUUAUACAUUUAGUCAUAUUAAGUUCAUUAUCUGCUUUACAUGAUUGUUUCUAAUAGGUUUUUCAACCAAAUCUGCGUAAUGUUCUUGCUUGUUAACGUAUUUCAGGAUAUGUAAUUUGGUGCAUAUUAUGCUUUGGUUUUCACGCAAUUUAUACUCGCUGGGACCUUGGCUUAACCCCUCUUUCACUGUCGUCGAUGAUGUCACGUGCAUACGUACGUGCAUACGUGCAUAUAAUGCCAUGCAUACAUAUGCUUUUAAGGUUCUAGUUCUUGUACUGUCGGCCCAAACUGACACUAAUGCGUAUACAUUCGUUAAUUUUAAUGACGUACCCCAUGGUUCAUGAAAUCCUACCCCACUGACCUAACCUAAAAUUCGUACUUUUGGUUUUCGAAAGUUUUGUCACCUGAGCUUCUUCACUCCCGUCGGUAUGCAUUAGCACGAAACCACUUUUCCUAAGUUAUAUUCGAAGAGAUGUUGGAGAUUGUGAUUGUUCUUGAGUUUUUCCUUGGUUCGAAACAAUCUUCAAUCACCACACUGGACUCCAGCUGCCUGACAUGGAACUUUGGGGAUAUCUCUGCGGUUGAGUCUUUCUCAUGAACACGUAUGGCUUACUUCGCGUUCUAAUUCGGCAUGCUUGACUCGUUAACGGAUUAGACUGCUGUCAACACGAACUCGGGAUCAGUUGUUGAUCCCGGUCACGUAAUUUUCCCCAGCUUCCGCAGUGCGUCCUCUAUAUCUUGCGGAGAGAAUUUUUGGAUCAGCAUCCCCUGGCUUGCCCAGGGGAAAAUUACAAAUUCGUGCACAUUGCCCAGCACAUGUCGACUAGCAUUCUCACGUGUAUAGUUUGAAAACCUCCACUUUCAACAGCGAAGACCAUCCAUUUCCCUCAACUGCCCUGCGUGUGCUAACUUAACUGUUGUGGAUUUGUUUGCACAUAUUUCCACUGUUCGACUGCAUACAACUCACUCAUUCGUAUACAAAUACUUAUGGUCGACCAUAUUUGUCUGCAGAUGUCUCCAACUCUCCUCAAAUCCCGGCGUCAGUCGGCCCACCGCCAGCGCUCAAUCCAUUUGCUACGGAGCAGAAAUUCUCAAAGGUAGCCGUUGAAAAAACUGCCUCUUUUAACUUCCUCUUUGAUCUUUGGCCUAUCACUCGACAUGAUGUUAUUAAAAAGAGGAACCUUUUUCAAAUUCCCUCGAGUGAGUGACCCGAGUGCGAACUAUGUCUCGACAGAAUGUAGGCUUUUACUGGAUGCAGUGAGAAAACUUAAUAUAAUCUUAGCACUCUGGGGACUUGUUAUGUUUAUGUCCAAAUGUAAGAAAUUUAACACCAGAACAUCGUUCAAGAAAUUAAAAUCUCUUUUAGUGCAAGGUCCAUAAUUGGUAGCUUUUAGGUUAUUCGGAAAGUUUGCCCAACUGCAAUCUGUUUGUUUAACUUCCAGAUUUUUUCUACUCCUUAUAAUCAGGAGUUUCAGUGCCUUCGAGUAAUUAUAGAAAGCACUCACAGCUCCUAAGUUUUUCAUUAGGUCCCAUCCCUCCCGCUUUCCGGUCUUCGGGACUAGACUGUAAAACACUUUUAAGUUCGAACUUUGCCCGAAUAUAGCAGCCUGCUCAGUGUUAACAGUAAUAAAAUUAAUUGCAAUGACUUUGCCGGUCCGCUGAAAGACAAACUUAUUGCAUUAUUUUGCAUGGUAGGUGUGUAUGGAUGUAUGUUAACCCAUCAACCACUCUUGUCUGUUUGAGUCCUUAAGUAUUUCUGUACAUGCGCGUUGCACGCAUUAGACGAAGUUUGACACCACGCAAGCUCUCACACCCCAUCCCAUAAUCUGUCAGGCGACAAAUUCAGACGGGAUACUCGUACAUGCGUCAGGGAAGAGGUGGGGCUGACUAUGGUUUACCUUUCCACAUGGUAAAUUUACUAACCCUUCGCCAAAACAAAUGGUACCUUCUGAGUAUGACCUUUAAGACACUCAUUUCUGUGCGACAAGAACCCAUUUAGCACUCAUUAGAUGGCAAUUCGCUACUUUAGCCACUGCUCCCGAUCUCAUCCUCAGUCAAUUGGUUUCGGACGACCUAGUGGGACAUGACUGUGGGAAGAGACAGGUCAAUCUAAAUCGGGUCCAACGCCUGUCUCUCAUAAACAACAAAACACGCAUGAAAACUACCACGAUUCAUUAACAGUCGUUUCUUGAAUGGUUGCCAACUGACGCGAUAACCUAGUCCUCCUGUAAAACGAGGUCCAGUCAGCAAUGAGUCCGUUAUAAGAUGCACUUUGACACUUCUCGUCUCUGUGCAGUCUGAUACCCUUUUACUGAAGCCUGGCGCAUGGGGAAUUAUGGACCAGGGCGUUUGUGGUGUUUUUAACCAUGCCCCUUAACUCUGUCAGCCAUUGUGUCAAUGUCAGUUUUCAGUCGUCCCUGGUUUGCUUUGCCAUCGGAAUGUGGUAGAUAAGGUAAAGGCGAGGUAGAUGCAGCGUAUGUCCGCCUAGGUAUAAACAAAUUCACAUGCAAUUGAUAAUUACGCCCACUAAGGGGUAAUGAUGGACCUUCUUGUCUUUGCCGAUCGAACUGUUAUGCUUGCCUCUCUGGACUCUUUGCGUUGACACUUGUCCAAAACGAGCCACAUUGUCUUAUUGCAUUCAUCGGGCCACUUCGAGCGUGGCUGUGCUCUUAACUGUUGUAGUGCGCGCGCUAAUUGGGGAAUUGUCAUAUCGGCCAUCGCGCUCAAUCUCAUAACCAGUAGACCCACUGAUUCGAGCAGACUGCCUAUGAAAGGAAGAGGGAAGAACUAUUGAGAUCAGCACUGAGGUACUCUUCAUCAUUACAGUGCAGCUCCUCCCUCAGCAUAGUGAAACUGAGAUGCUUGAAGCGAUCACAACAAUUAACGAAAUAACUCGAUGCUUGGGGACAGGAGCCAAGCAGCAGUGAACCUUUUUAUAUGCCGCCGUUAUGGGACUUAUCCAAGAAACAAAUAAGUUUCCUGCGUAUUGGAAACGAAUAUUUCGCGACUCACCCUGAGCUCUUCCUUAGAAUUUUGCAAUUAGUGCUCCAUUACCAUGUCUGUGAUGUAUCAAAUAUUUCAUUAUUCUCAUCAAGCCAUUUUUACCAAAGGCCCUUAAACACUCGAAUUCCAUUGCUCUACGAAAGUGUGCAUUUAAGAAUGUUGCGUGAGAAUAUGUUUUUAGCAAGCGCCGGAUAUGUCGCCACUUAGAACGUCUCAGGUUGAAUUGCUUCCAAUCAUGCCUCAAAAAUGACUGCUAACAUCAAAAAGGUGCUCCUUUAAACACGAGAAGGACCAAUAACUAAGAAGAUGCACGCUUAGACAGAUAGGGCGAGUGCAGCCAAAUACCGAAACCACGUUCAUCGGCCUUUGUCGCGGUGGCACACGGGACAUAUCGGGGAAUUCAGUUAGGAUAACAUGGCACCCUUGGCUAGCGUUCUUUAUUCGAGCUUUAUUACAGUUCUACGCAACCCGCUGGGAAGAUUCUCCUAAUAUUUUGUGAAGCUGAAACCCUUCGAAAGUUAACUUGUUUGGAUCACCUUACGCUGAUCCUAGUAUGCGACGAACUACCUUUGCAAGCAGGUUCAUGGGGCUGUGAUUUGUAUGGGAGAGGACUACGUUUGCGUCUGUUUCCUCGAGCCCUCUUCCAUUUCGAAAUGUACAUGGUUCCCAUCGACAGUCAUUAAUUGAGAAAAAACUGGCCAGGUCAUUUUUGGUCAUUUCAACAAUUUUGCUUGAAACGGUCCACUUUUGCGAAGAAGGAGACACGAUUUUAGUCAGCAACUCGACUGCUUGCGAUGAGCGUGAGAGUCGAUAAUCUUGACCGGCACACAGGAUCAUAGCAACCCCAUACUUCAACAUCUGGCCUGUCGAACUGUGAUGCACUCGCGAGCUGCCAACUGUGAUGGACAUGUAGCGGCCUAACAACUACAUCCUAUAAAUACGGUCCACUUUCCUCUGCGACAAACCAGCCAACAGGCGAGAAAUCCCUCCGGCCCCUAUCUCACAAAUUAUGUUGUUUUUAGCAUGACCAAAGAGAAUGCUGGUCUCUAGUUAGCUAUUUAUCGUAAUGCUAUGAUAUUCCAUGGUCGACCUAACUCGAUGCUUUCUAUCUCACUUCAGUCGCCAGUUUUCCUGACUUUUUGCGGCGACUCCUGGUCAACCCGCACCCGAGACUUGUAUAUCACUGCAGGAUAGGCAGUUACUGCAUGGAUUUCUUGAGGAUGACUGCCCUGUACUACGGUCUUCUACCACCGAUUUUUCCUCAACCGAGACAUGAGUCACACGGAUUAACCUUUGUGCUUGUUCUGCAUGGAAAAUUAGUGUUUAAUAUCAGGACUCUGGACAGUUAUCUGUCAUCCGUUCUUUCCAAAUCUGGGUUUUAUUGAAAAUUCCACGUGAUUAACCAGUUAACGAUGUGGUUCAACAGGUGUAAAUUUCCCUAUUACUCCCUUAGUAAAAACUUCUUCUUCAGUACAGUGAUGGCAGUGUCCGACAAAGCCACCAAGUCAAGUGGUCUUAGUUAUAUGUUUGGCAUCUUGCUGCGCCACUGCGUGAAGACGCCAUAGCGUUGGUUUCAUCUCCUCUACUUGCAGAGGUCCCUUAUGAGAAUACCUCACUUUCUUCUAGACGCAUGACCUUUUAAUGUUUCGCAAGUCCACCUAUUCCAUUCCACAUUUACCAUCCAUCCCUCUACGUACGUUGCAAGACUGUCCGAUGUUGCAGCAUCCUGCAUUCACUGGCUAAUGUUUACCAAAAUGGUUGCCAAAUUGAUGGUCUUUGUGGUACUGGGUUGUGUCGUUAUGAAUAUUUAAUCUGCCUGCCUUCGACUUCGAAACUUGUUGUUUACCUCCACUGGCCUGGUGUACUCCAGCUGUGGCUUAUUUUAACACACCAACCCUUAACCGAUAAACCAAUCAUAGCAGCGAGCGCCCAAUUCUCCCGGGAGCGCUUUCGUACGAAAACGGACACAAAUUAUCACGCGAACUUGGACAUAAACACGAAGACACACGAAUUGUGCGUGCUUAUGUUGAUCAACCACCCGGUGUUUAGUCUUAUCGGUAGCGCGAAUUUGACCUGUUACGUAAAUGCGAGCGUUCAACCAUCCACUGAGAAUAACCACACGGAUUCCCUACAUCAAGGAAGUUUAUCAAGCCCAGUACGUAAGCGCAGGUGCAAUCACACAUACUAAGCACCCAUGACGAAAGGUCGUAUCAUGGUUUCCUGCUGAAUGUAAACAUUUCGACCGCGGAACUUGUUAAUUGUUUAUUAUUCAUUGUCUUUUACCUUCAUGUCUCAGUCCUUUAGCGCACAGAGACACACGAUGAUUCGCCCAUCGUACUGUACGAGCGUUUUCUUUAUCAGAUUUAUUUAUGAGUUGGGUGUUUUAGGGGUCGGGGUUGCCUUAUGCUUGGCGAUGUUUGCCGAUUCUACCCCGAGUCCAAAAGGUGUGUUGACUGUAGGAGUGGACUGAAGUGUGGCGAACUGGGGUGGCCAAACUGAGCCAUGGGGGUAGUUAGUUGCAUUGAGGUGGACGCAGGUUUGUCCUACCAUCACUAACAGGACUCGGAAUAUUCGCCAAUUUUUGGGCUUUUGGGGAGGAGGCAGUCCAGCAUUGAUAGUUUCGUUUUUGCCGGUUUUGCGCUGUCGUUUUUGCGGUCAAUGCGACGCUGUCUAACACGGCCAAUCCUGGCCCCAAUGUGGGUUUGUGACGAGGAAGUAUUGGUAGGUGUAAAAUAUUAAUAACGUUCCGCGCCACUCCAAGCUUGUUACUGUCAUUUCUCAUUGACAGACAUUCCUCUUCCUAUGUCAUAUCACAAUGCCUGUAGUCUUGGUUUAAGCCGAGAUAUUUGAAUGCAGUUUCUGGGACGCCCUUGUACUCUUUUUCCUAUCCUGGUCGACGAGCGCUUGUAGUAACGCCGUUAUUGGACAUUCCUUCCGGUCGUUCUCCUACAAUGGCCAUCGUAUAGAAGUUUGGUCUGCUUCGACCAUGCAGAGAUACCAGUCGGUUCGAAGAUCUGUGUUUCCGGCAUCCACUUCUUUCACCUCAUACAGUAGAUGUGCUAACUCAUGAAAUGUCAACCAAAAUUUCGAUAUGCGUUCUCGUUUCGAAAAGAUAAAUUAAGUAGUGUUGUAAAACUAAUCGUAGUGCAGCAUAAAUCUAUAAUGAUCCAGUUACCUCAGGGUGUCGGCUUUCGAAAGAACUUAUUUUCGGCUGCAUGCAAGAUCUAUACUCUGCAAAAACUGACUACCUAAGUAGUGUGCAAUUUACUCAUUGAUUUUCGAUGCCCUUGAAAGUUCAAUUAUAUUUCAUGGAAAACAUGCAUAAAAAUAUUCAUUCUUUUACGUAUUCGGUAGAAAAUACUCAGAAGAAGAGUAUAAUUCGGUUUUAAAAAACUUUUCUAAUUCCCGAAUAAUUUUGAACCCGACCUGCUGUUACACUUGCAUUCAGGGUUUCAAAACUACAAGCUGUAUAUUUUCCGUGUACGGAAAACCAUGCAUUUCUCUACGGUGUUAAGAGGAGACCAUGUGAGGUUCAUAAAAUUAGGCAGUCGAUUUGAGCAAUAUUGUUAACUUUACAAGCCACCUUCGUAAAUGCAGAUACAUGACGUUUCAUGAACGGCCAUUUAACGGUAUUAAAAAAUCUCACAAUUAGAAACUUUUUUAAAACCGGAAUUAUACUCUUCUUUUGAGUAUGAAAUUGGAAGAAGACGUGAUUUUCUACCGAAUAGGUAAAAGAAUGAAUAUUUUUAUGCAUGUCUUCCAUGAAAUAUGAUUGAAUUUUCAAGGGCAUCGAAAAUCAAUGAGAAAAUUGCAUGCUACUUAGGUAGUCAUUUUUUGCAGAGUAUAGAUCUUGCAUGCAGCCGCAAAUAAGUUCUUUCGAAAGCCGACACCCUGAGGUAACUGGAUCAUUAUAGAUUUAUGCUGCACUACGAUUAGUUUUACAACACUACUUAAUUUAUCUUUUCGAAACGAGAACGCAUUUCGAAAUUUUGGUUGACAUUUCAUGAGUUAGCACAUCUACUGUACAUAUCGUUCUUCAGACAUCUGAAAUGAAUCUACACGAGCCCCUAACCACGGCUUUCACAGACGGUCCAUGAGGAACGUUAUCAGCACUACGACAUUGGGCAAUUCAGUUGGAUGCUGAGGUUCGGUGUGGCGGGUUCUUCUCGGGCAGCAGGCGCUGAAUCUUUUCGCUGUUAUAAUUGUGCCGGUCCCGGCACCACUGACGUGUGCUUGGGAAAAUUCCUGUGUCGGUGGUGCACAUCGCACCUCCGAGUUCGUCAAUUGUUUCUAAGAUGAUCGUCUUCAUCUGGAUGCGUAAUUUUUCGUUCGUUUUCCAGCCCAGAAGCCAAAUGUUGUUUGUAUACAGUCCCAGAAGUGCUACUUUUAGUCGCCUUAAAGUCUUCCCAGAGGAUGCCUCGGGCGUUUCCUCUUAUAGGUGGAUAGGCGAUAGCCAAUCCCGCAAUCAGCACCGUGCAUCGUUUUUAUCACAAUCACACCCAUGGUUUGGCAUUUCAGCCGAAGCUAUUGGCAGGGUGUGGCCAUUGUGUUCAGCACCUUCAAAUGCAGCCUUGUGGGUUCAGAUUAUAAUCACCUGGUACAGCUAGGAGUCCGCUGCGGCUGUCAACUCACCAAAAGGUCUGCCUCCUCCUGGAUACCCACACACCCCAAACAGGCAAACACACCUUCAUAUGCAAACAUGUGCACUCAUCCACAAGUAAUUUACAAGCCCCAUUUUGUCCUGUCCCCGUCUCUGCUUUGUAGGGUGAUGUGGUCAAAACUCCGAGCGGUGUCCGCAAGAAGUUCAACGGCAAACAGUGGCGUCGUUUGUGCAGCCGGGAUGGUUGUACCAAAGAGUCGCAACGUCGGGGCUUCUGUUCGAGACAUCUCUCAAUGAAGGUGAGAAGCUAAACAGUCUGUGCACAGAGCGUCCCAGAAGUAUAUGGAUCCUCUUUUCCUUAGCAAUGUUCCAAUGUUGAGGCCUUAGUUCUUAUAUUAUUGCAAAGGACAGAUACAUGCACCAUGGUAAAGGUUAAUUAAGCGGUAUAAAAAUUUUUCAUGUGGUGUGGGAAAGCGGAACACAUGACCCUUCAGAAAAAUCGGAACACUAAGGUCGUUGGUAGCUCGUUAGGUGAUCACCACUUUUCUGUGACAUUCCCGCACACUACAUCUGCAUGCUAUUCACCAGCCAGCGCAGUACUGUGACCUCCGCUCGCCGCCCCAAGAUUUCCGGUUCCCGACUCGUAAGUGCACGUCCUGUCGUAUGCUCCUCUAACUCGCUUGUUGGAUUGAAAUGCGGCCAGCAUGUCAUCCAGUCCAUGACCAUAAUAGUCUGUUUCCUAGCAGCUAGUUUGUGUAGAGAGCGGUUGUACUUCUGAAAACUACUUCCCCCUGGUGCUGUUCUCUACACCAAUCGAAGCGCCCGCGCGUGGUCCGAGUGUCGUGUGCAGGUAGGGUGAGGUGUUGUGGUAGGGUCUAGGCUAUGUGGUUUGACUAAGGAUUUUGGCGUAGAAAGUACAGCCGAAUGGGCCCAUGCGUUGGCUGAAUGUCCUGGGACCGCGCGGUCAGGUUAUACCGGGGUGAUGAGUGUAUGUUGGGGCUCCUGUCAGUGGUUUGUUGACUCAGUUCGAUGGAUUCACAAGUGAUCGACUGUGCGACCGCGUGAUUCAAAUGAAUGGUGACAAUUGGGAGUGGAUGGCACUGCAGAGCUGACAGUCCUGGCUACGUUGUUGAUGUUGGUGGCAAUAUUAGUGCUGAUGCUAGAGAGGUUCCUGCUGAGGGAGGUUGGUUUGGUCGGGGUUAUAUUGCGGUAAAUCAAACUCGUGUAUGUGCAUAUGACUAGAAAGACUCAUACAGUGUCAAAAUGUCUGGAUGUUAAGGGAAAUGCUUCUGUUAUCAGAUACUUGUCGCUUGAACUUCCUCCUGUACGCGUACACGAUGGUAACAUUCUUAAAGUUCUGAGUGCUUUGUCCUUGUAGCUCUAUCCGAAGCAGUAAAUAAAGCUUUCCAUAACCUUGGGGCGCCGUACCUCUAAUGUUUUUCCGGUAUUACGCCGGUUGUCCGUGUUUUACUGCUGGACAGCUGUUACACAGCUCUUAUUGUCACUAGUGGCGCAGGCGGACGGUAUAGAUCAUUUGUUUCCACUUGAGGAAUCCGUUUGAUGGUGCCCGCGCAGUGUUGACGGGUGCCUGAAGACAUCCUGGAAGUGUCCGGCCCAGCGCCCUAAAAUCUGCAAUCUCUCCAACUGUAGGGUUACUCCGUCCUGGCUGAACAAUGACACAGUCUCAAUGGUUUGGGAACCGUACACUGCCCUGAGCACUUCGAAGAAAUUCUUCAUAUCGUGGUAGGCGAAGCAGCCAACCGUUCUGGACUCUCCAUCAGUCCCAGCUGCACCAAUUUUCGAAAUCAGAAUUAUGGGGCUUUGUUGCCGUUGGUGAUGUAGGUAACGUGUGGGUUGUGUUUAUCGGAAAAAAUAUGCUGAUCUCCUCGUCACUGUCACCGAGCCAGUCCUGGCGCUGUUGACGUGCGUGGCUGUGGGCCUUCGUAGUAGUGACCUGAAUAGCAUCCUGCAGCCCUCUCGACCGGGUCUGGACGCUAGCAUUAACCUCCAAGGCAUGCACUUGUUCCGGAUUGGGAAUUUGCGCAGUCGCUAAUAGUGAGUCGGCGCUCAGCCGUAUUCAGCAAAUCUGUAUUUGACGUACCUGUUGUUGGCUUUCCCCCGGACGCCUGCGGUUUGUAGUUGCAGCGUCAUCUGGGAGUUGACAAAGUAGCUAUUCAUCCAACAUUUGGCACCUUAGAUAACCUUGGUUACCAGCACACCUCCGAAAGAGGAUGUAGUCAAACACCUGUCAGUGAGUCGAACGAGAUUGCAUCUGUCUCCUAUCCUCUCGUACCGGGAGGCGGAAGGUGUUGGGCAGGAGGAAACUGUGUACCGUGGAGACCUGCAAAAUGUGAAGGACAUUGCUGUUGCAGCUGCCACUCCCGUGGCGAUCGAGCACCCACUCAAAUAGUGUGGUCUUUGCCGACGCGACAAGUAAAAUCAUCGAGGACAAUCUGUCCGGCUUUGGCGCAGUCGCUAUGAGGACGUGCAAUUCUUCGUAGAACGUAUUUUUCACGUCGUCAAGGCAAGUCAUUGCGGUGACCGUGGACACUUACGACGCUGGCAACUUUGCUUCCGUGAGGAGGCAGCCGCAGGGAUCAUAAUACGACCAUUGAAGCACAUCGAUAGGCAGCACUGCCGUCACACGAUGUUGCACCUGACGACAAAGACAACUCGGGUGUCUCCUCGUCUUGUCUUUGGACGUUCUCCUCAGAAGAUUGUGCAUCCAGGACCCACCUUCCCCAGUUGUUCUUGUUCGAAGAAGCGGGUCUCACUGAGGGCCUGACGCAAUGCCCACUUUAUAGGGCGGCCGUUCGCGGGCGACCAGAACUUUCCAUUCUGGUAGGUUUUCAGCAGGUUCUCCAAGAGCGAACGAACAUUCGAGAAUGCCCGAGUGAGUAAUGUCACUGGUAGCCCGUAGGGAGCCACGGAGACGGAGGCUGUUGCUUUGUAUGGUGUUUAGACCGCAUAUUUUGCGUCACUAAACCCUAGUCGGUUUGUCGACGGUCCGUUUGACAGUAUUUUUCGAGUACAUUGUGUAACCCUUUUACAUACCAAGUAGGGCUGCUUAGUCAUCCUUCUCAACUGCCUGGCUCCAGCGGGGGUCACAACCUUUGUUUAGGAGGCAAACGACCCGAGUUAUCCUUGACUGCCUACGGGAUUGGAUGUCGCCCUUUUGAUUUUACAUUCGGGUGUGGGAGGCGAAGACAGGGAUUGCAGUUCAGGGACUACUGUUUGUGGAUAUACUUACAGGCCGUCAUCCCCAUCUCGCUUACCCCGCCGGUCGAAGGCUGUCGCGAGGGUGCGGUUGCUGUGCUGAGCAGGGUUUUGUGGAGCCAUAGAUGAGAGAUAGGUGCCAGGGCGGGGUUAAGCAGAUGUAUCCACCAGCUCCAUUGGUGCACUUAGAGGAUCGUCAGUAUUUGCUAUCGCCGUAGUCGUGCGUACACUACCGAGCCUAGUUGGCGUCGCAUAUGUUACAUCAUCAUGCGUGGCAACUACCUGCAGUGCAUCUGUUACAGCGUAUCCUCGCCAGUGUAAAAUCAUGUGACGUCCGCCAAACCGCAUCGAGGCACCGCAAGUGAUCGUACACCUGCAGGGUGAACCGCCGCCUACACAUCCUGCACGCACACUUCAGGUUACCAUGCUCCCAAGAAAACCUAAAUCCCACUUGUCCCAGCGAUGGGCUCUGAGCCUGAUGGAGCAACCGCGUCUUGCCUAGAUCAGAAACUAAUAUAGGGAAUAAUGUUAUCAACUUUUGGACUGGGUACUUCUAACCCCUCCAGCAGCAGUUCCUUUUGAGGACGCCUACGGCAUCCACAUGUAGGUUAGGACCACAAUCAGCCGCCUAGUGUGGGAAUCCGGAUACAUCAAACAGCUGAAAAACAAGACACCUCAGAAUGACUGCCUUUAGAGAUCUGUAGACACUGCCGGACUACGCCAACUGAUCGAAUACAUACCCUCUGAUUCAGGCUUUGGAGAGAAACAGCACCUACAAACUGGAGUAACAUUCUCGUUACAUGUAUCCUCAAGAGGGUCCCAAGUUUCCUGGUACCGAUGAUAAUUGGGCAGAUAUUUUCCCGAGUGGUGGCACUUUUAUCGUCCAUCUGAUCACGGUGACUGACCGUGCCGUUUGACUAGGCUAAGCUUUUCACCCACGCGCUGUUUCUUCUACUGAAUCGAACUAUAUGUAGUUUACCGAGGCGGCCCAGUCAACGCAAAAUAUUAGUCUUGUUUAUCACUCGAUGCCACGGUGCCAUCCACGCAUUUUACGGUCAUGUGAGGAUCGCGUAUAAUUUCCAAGAUUCAUUCAUUAGAUGCCCUAAAGAGCUAUUUCAGCGUCACUCUCGACUAGCAGUCAAGACAACUCUUCAGAAUGCAGAACUAGUAUAUGACGACAGAAUCGUAUUGUGCCGUAGCAUUCAGAUAAAAGAACCAAACGUUGAAUCUACGGUGAAACAUUUGUGGAGAUAUCACCAGCCUUAAAACCAAACUACAGGAGUCCAGACUGCGCGCAUUAUGCAGGGCAGGCCAACAGGCCACCUCUCCGUUUUCUUUAUGACCAGAAACAUGAGUUAAAAACCAUUUCUCCAUGUUCAGGGAAAGGAGAUCCGGGCCUUCAGUUACGCCGCUACGGCCGCAGCCGCAAAUAUGUUUGGCUCCCAUGCCACUGCGGAGACAGCUGCGGGGACAGCGGCCGCCGGCAGUCGUGGCCCGUCUGCCGCCUCCGAGGUCAUGAUUUCAGGUGCUGGGCGAGAUUUGUCAGUCUUAAAUUGCAACUACGUGGCUGGAUCUGGACUGCUAUCUCCCUGCAAAAGUGAGUCUCAUUUCUUUGAAGUGAUAAUUACUGAAGUCAAUGGACAGUCUUUAAAACCGCCGAGCAAGGUUGCUGUUAGAUUGGGAGAAUGAAGCCGACGUCUCUAAGAUAUAUGCUGCUGACAGGGUUUUCUUUCCCUUAGAAAGCGUUAACUGACCUGACGCGAUGUCUCCAUCUUCACAGAGAUCCACGUGUACUUGACCUCCGGUCAGCCCUAUACGGCUGUGACUGCUAGGGGUAGAUCGAUGCAGAACUGUUUCGGGCCGGAUCUCGUCUAGUGACCCGCAGCUUGAGAGCUGACGUCAUUUCUCCGUACUGCUGUGGCCACACAUUCAAGUUCGACAAGGCCGAACUUCUCGUUAGAGAUGACAACCGCGUGAGCUGCGAGCUGCUUGAGUCAUGAUUCACUCCCUCCCCAGUCUGUUAGCAUGUGCAACGAUCUUCCCGCUUCAUGCUCGCUGCUGAGACUUCGCCUAGGCGCAGUAAUUAGCCACGCGCGAAACGCACAGAUGAACACUGUUCCAAACGCCAGGGUCGGUAGGUCAGAUGGUCGAGCAGUCAUCACACCAGGUACGGUAAUCCCCGAUGAAGGAAGGGAGGAGCCGUGAAUUUUCAUAGGUAUGCGGUUACAUGGCGACUGCAUCCUAUAAAUACUGCAGCCCCUUUUGCAUGAACCAUCCGUAUCUGCCAUUGUCUCUGGCAAUGGGUUCGGGCAGGAAUCCGAAACGUCAGGCGAAUAAAACUCUUGUCCCAGCGAUCAUGUCUCCAUCACGACUGCUUCCUGGGACUCGUCUCUUCACUUCUAUUGUUUCGGGCUUGUUCGCCUUCAUUCAGUCAAUUAUAACCCUGACCACUAGGUGAGACCAGAAACACAAGCAUGCGCCUACACCUGGCGCAGCUGGCUCACCGGUGUCUACCAGAUGGGUCGUAAGCACCUCAUCGCACCGAAGUUCAUUAGUGCCUCGCCACCUGCCAUUCUCUGUCGCUGCGGAUCGGUUAUUUAUUCACUCAGGAAUGGGCGCACACCGAUCCGUUGGCAUCCCAAAACAAAGAAACUUCGUAUGGGUGAUAGGGGUCACGAACAGGCAACCACUUACUAGGCUGAGGUCGGGCAAGCUAUGUGGUGCGUACACUACUGAGCCUAGUUGGCGUCGCAUAUGUUACAUUAUCAUGCGUGGCAACUACCAGCAGUGCAUCUGUUACAGGGUAUAUAUAUGUGCAACAUGUAUAUUUAAGUUCAUCAGGAAUUAUUUUGUGAAUUUGGAGUAAAUUCUUCGACACAAGCCUUAUCAGGUUCGGCUCUAAGUUUGAUACGAAUAUUUGAGCCGAAAGCCAUCAGCUUCUGCGGGGUAAUUGCGUAAUAUUCACAUUCUGCCCACAGGCAGUGACAUACAAACAGUGUUUGAUUUGUUACGCUCGCAGCACGGGUUGUAGCUAAAGGUCUACACGUGUUUCGAUGAUUUUGUGCCGCUGCCUGGCGCAGCUGCGAGGAGUUCGGCUGUUACUGCCUCAUUCAGCGGGCCAGUCAGUCAUUGAAGUUGGCCCUCCAGGUCGCAACCCCAGGGCUAAACAAUACGCCGGUAUUCAGUCCUACAGUCGUCCAUGCCCCGUUACUGCUAAUCCUACUCAAUUUAAUAAACUAACUCGUACGUCUAAAGCACAGGAGAAUUCGUUUCGUACCCUCUAGAGCAUGCAUGCCAAGUAUGCAUUCAUUUUUUCAUUUACUGUAGACCGCAAUGCGCCCUUGCCCACACCUCUGGAUCUGCUUCCAGUCCUUUCCCUCUCUCACACGACUACCACCGUUAGUCCCACCAUUUGGCACUCUUCAGUCUCCCCCGCCUCCAUCUCAACUGUGCCGAGCAGCCAGUCCUACUGGGGCAGCACUACCGACUCAUCCUCCUGCCCCUCUGCUUCCGUGACCACUUCCUUCUCUCUGCUGCCAUCAGCAGCUGCUGUUGUUUCCUCUUCCUCCUACUCAUCGUUGCAGCCCCUCAGCGACGGUAGUACUGUUUGUAGCAGCGCCGGGGAAAGGCAGGACUUCCACUUUUUUCCACCGAUUCCUGAUUACCACCAACCCCUCAAACAGCCUUCUCAUCCCCAACAGCCAUUGCAGCCACAGUCGCAGCACUACAAUCAACAACAGCAUCCCAAUCCGCAACCACAGCAACAUGGAACACCGACCGCCUGCCACGACCUCACCCAAUCCGCUAUCCCGAUGACCGCCUGUCUGUGA